AUGGCGGCCGGGCCGCAGCCGAGUAACCCCCGUUCAACCAAGUACUACUUUGCCUAUGGCAGCAAUCUCCAUAUCAAACAGAUGAAAAGACGGUGCCCCAAUAGCAGGUACAUUGGCCAUGCGCGGUUAAGCAGAUACCGCUGGCAGAUCAACCAGCGCGGGUACGCAAAUGUCGUUGCCGUCGACGAUGACGGUCGCUGGGUUGACGGACUCGUCUAUGAAAUUGACGAAACGGACGAGGCCAAGCUCGACGUCAACGAGGGUGUCUCCAAAAAUGCCUAUGAGAAGCGCUACCUCCCUAUCCUACUGCAUCGUGCCUCUGGGACUCUGUAUCGUCGACCUGUGUCCUGGAUCGUCAGCAAGGGAGGUCCGGCUGCCGUCUGCCGACAGGCCAAGUGUGCCGCCCAGGAAUUGUUGGUAUCACCGGGCCAGCAGCGGCACGACGACGCGCUCGUCUACAUCAGCUUCCGCCAUGUCGAGGACAGCGUUCCCAAGGAGGAAUACAUCGACCGCAUUAAUCUCGGGCUCGCAGACGCCAGCGUCCUCGGCAUGAAAGACGACUAUAUCCGCAAUUGCAUCCGUCCGUACAUACCCGGACCGGUAGCCGAGUCCGCGCUCCCCGAUGGGAACCACGGCAUGUCCUCGACGAAAGCGAAAGUCAAGCCGGAAAACAUAGGUGUCAAACGAGGCGACCCUCUCGAAUCUCACGAGCGCCCUCUCACCCGGAGAGCUCCUGAUCCUGGCCGUCCUCCUGAUGAACGGUAUGUGCAAGCUAUGGCGCGCACGAUUCGCAACAACGCCAGCGCCCCCAAUUUGCGCCGUCGGUUGCAUGAGUUGGCAUCGCCGCCGCCGAGACCGCUUCGCCGGCUCCUCCAAGUCCCGACCGCCGUAACUUUGGAGGACUAUGCGUCAAUCGAGGGCUGGGAGUGGAGAUCGGUGUUGUAG